UGUUCAGAAAAUAUUUGAUAAUCAUGCGAUUCAAAAUUAUCCCGAACCAAAAAGUUAGCUGCAGUCAGAGUAGUCAGUGUUUCAGCCUGAGGUUGUUGUAGUAAGUCCAGGUUGUCGUGUCCUUGCUCCAAGGGUACUAGUCGAGGACUGUUUUUUCCAUCCAGUUUGUUGAGUGUUUUUAUAAAGCAGGGCAAACGCACAAACCUUCCAUCGUUGUCCUAUCUUUUGCUUUUCAACAGCUGCGAAGUAAAUUGCCACACAGAUUUUCUACCCGUGCCUGUUGCGUGCUGUUGUGCCGGGCCGGCGGGAGAGCCACCUCAUCUACAAGUGGCUCGUGCGCCGUGUGGAAAACUACAGCAGCAACGACUCCUUACUGCGGGACCCGCGAAACCACCGGAAUUUUCUACGACACAUCCUCAGCUGCAGAAACAACUACUUCUCGAGGACCUUCUGCAGUAGAUCUGCAUCUCGUCCUUGUCCAGCAGAUAAUUUCUAAGGAUACCCAGUAUCAACGAUGUACUGAAGAUUGAUGUGUCAAACCAGCAAACUUCUUUACCAACAGAUUCUCAUCCUUGUGUAAGUACAACGACGAGAAACUACAGAACGACGACCACGAUUGCGAAAUGUAAAGACGAGAAAUAAAUUUACCACAAACCAAGUUUUAUUCAAAGGAGAAGACGAAGAGCAGUUGCAGUACAAGCAGCGACGAUCAAGAUCAAGAUGCUUGCAGCAGUCUGAAAUUAUUUUGUGCGAGCACAUCGAGAGGACUACACUUCCUUGAAGGACCAUAGUACAACCAAGGACAAGGAGAACACCAGAAAUUAUAGGGGGGACAACUCCCUACUCACACGCUUUUUGGACAGGAUUAGCAUAGAAGAGGCGAACAACACGGAAAAGAUGGAAGCGGAGGACUUCCUGGACGAUAACGAAGAACACGGGGUCGGUGGUUCUCCUGCUUUACUUUAUCCCGCAAACAAAAUGACAACUAAGCCCACGAUGAGAAACUACAAGCAGCAGCUGCAGCAUGAGAGCUGUGGUUCUGCUGCAGAUUCUGAUGAAAAUAAGUGUCAAGACCACGUCAACAAGGAGGCGGACCACCAGCACGCUUCCCAUCAGCAGCUGUUCGACGGUUCCUCCCCCUCGACUUACCUUCCGUCGGAGGGCGCUGCGUCGCCGCCCGAUGACCACUACACUUCGUUCGGCGGUUUUUACAAUAACCACCAUAGCAUGUCGGGGUUUUGCAGCUCGCCAGAGGACCAACACCAUCAACUGUACUUCGGAGCGUACCAAAAUGAUCCGAAUACUGGAGGAGAUGAAACUGGGGCACCGUGCCACUUUUUAUCUUCUUUCGAGCAGCGGAAGCAAACCUCGGUGACCAGCAUCACGAACACCGGGGCAUCAACCACGUGUGAGAACAACGAUGACAGUACCAACAGGGUGAGCGAGCAGUUGUCUGACUGUGCGACCCUGAUGAACGGCGGUUUUGGUGGUUGCAACAACACAGCGGGAGAGCAUGACCAAGACGGUGGCUCUACGGUGAACGACGUGUCUAGAGCUUCAGUGGAAGUGUUGAAUCACAGCACGGUGCUAAACGACCUGAACGUCGCUAGGGUGUUGUCAUGCUCACCGCUGGUAAAAACGACGACGAGCAACAAUGCCGGCGAGAGAGACGAGGAGGAAGAGGCGAACAUAAAGCGGCAACAGGACAUUCUGGAGUACAACAAAAUCAUGAACAUCAACGACCAACGGGAUCAUAGUUCUUGCGGUAGUUCUGUCAACAAAAACCACCCCAGCAACAGCCUGAAAAACACGCCCACCUCCAUCUUCGAUGAAUUAGAGCCCGCGCCGAAGCAGCAGUCUUCGCCCAGUUUGCUACCGCCGCCGCCAGCCCGGCCACCGUGCCUGGAUUUGAAACUGCUGAAGGAGCAAAACGAGCGGCAUGCCUUGAACAUGAGCGGGGGGAGGCGGUCAGGAGGGAACAAGAACGUGACCGGUGACGUGAUUAACACGACUGUAAGUGAGGACCGUUUGAUGUUACCGAGAGCGGGAACGACUUCAAACGCCGGUGGUCCGCAGGAUUUCUGGCGUCAGGAACAACGACAGCAGGGGCAGUACACCAACUUCGGGUUUUCCGCGGAGAACGAAAUUUACGAGCAGAACUUGCAACAGGUAGCCAACGAAAUUUACCAGAACGGGAACUACAGCACUCUGGGGAGAGUCGAUUCCGCGUGCAAUGGAAGCGGUGGUGGUGGUGGUGCUGUGAAGCAGGGGACAGGUAGGUUUGGUGGCAUUUGAGUAAGUAGUACUCUCGGUUCUGAGUGUCAUUUUUACGGCGUGAUGAUGCUUGUGUUGCGCAUUAAGAAGUACUAUACUCUUAUCACAUUCACAUCCACACUACGCCGCGUAAGCGUAUUGAGCAUGACAAAAUUGUACUUUUAACUCAGGCCCCCUUCCCCGUGCGGCGACCGCAAACAGCAAUAACACUCGUAGUGAUUACUUCGGGUCUCCGGAUAGCGCCGACCGGGCGGCCGGACCCUCCUUGAACUACAAUCGGUUGAAGACUCUGAUAGGAUCCCAACGGCAGCGGACUUUGCAGGCGCAGUAUAGAAUAUAGGAUUUUAUUGGAGCUUCGGUUUCUCUGCAGCAGCAUCUUGUGACAACUCUGUACAACUUGCGCUGGCAUGCCGAAACAUUGUUCGGCUAUGGAAACUGCUUCAACAUACCCCCAUUCAGCGUGGAUGUCGUGCAUGACCAACCUAAAAUAAAACUCAUCAGGAACCAGCAGCGCCAGCAAAACUCGGCGAGUCGCAGCUCCCCUGGUUUACGUUUCGUCGCGGCCAAGGACGUCCUUCCGACGAGUCAAAGUGCGGUACUGCAUAUUCGCAGCAGUAGGAACAACAGCCGUAGAUCCUCGCCGGCGCAAGAAUCGGAGCAAAUUUCGUCCAUCGCGCUUCCCAGUUCUGAUGGCAGCUUCGCAAUUCCGACGCCCGGAGCGGCUUUUCAAUCCUGUUCGGCCGAGGUAAGAAGUUGUUUUGCCGUAUUUCGGUUUGUCACGCGGCCGGAUUGUGUCAUGAGUCCCAUUGUGUGUUGGACGAGUAGCGGAAGAAACAAGUAUAUAGCACCCUAAACCCUAAUCUUCUAUCUUGUUGUUGUUUAUCAUCACAAAUAUGAAACAGUCCUCCAACCUGAUUUCCCGUUCCUUUACCACGAUUUCAUCCGAGUCGCGCGAUGACAGCGGGUCGUUGACCGUGGAAAAUCCCAAUUGCAACCACAACGCCCCAGCGAAGAAUCAAACCACGAACCCAACCUCCAAGCAGCCGCCAACUAUUCCAGAGCGGUCCUGGGGUUCUGAUUUGCAACCGACGAAGUUGACCUACAGUCCUGUCUGGGGAUCGGAGAUGCAGCCGACGAAGCUGUUUUACAGCAACUCUGACAACAAUUCCAAGACGAGUUCUUCCAACGAGGAAAUUAUGAACCCGCAGCACGACUACACUGAAGAAACGCCGCACAACGCAAGUCAGCUGAUCAAGAAGACGCGGCAGGCCAUUCUGCGGCACCAGCAGGAAAACGGGAAAAACGGGGGGUUGUGUACGUCUUUGUUCAAGCAGGAGUUAGCUGCGGAGGGUGGUGGUGCAACGGUCGCUGCUGGCGCGAGCUGCCGCUCGUCUUUGGAGUCGCUGGAAUCAACUGGGCAGGUAGGGAGGUUCUUUAUUGUGCUAAUGGCAUUCUUUAGUUUCGGGGGACGUUCGUUCAUCUUGUUCAUCCAAUGCGGGUGCCUGCAUGCCGAGGCACUCGUCGCCAGGUUCUGCUUCAGAAUGAAAAUUAAAGAUGAUGACAAACACCGCCUCAACUUAACAACCAGGCACAGUCAGCGUCGACAGCCUACAGUGGAGCGGCCAGCCAGCAACCGCUAUCCUAUGUAAAAACGUCCCCACCCCAUAGUCAAGAUGGGGGAUUGGCUAGACAAAUCCACAAGUUUUGGCUGUCUUGCAUGACAGAUUUGGACUCGUAGCGUAGUGCUGUUUGAGCUAGCUCAGCAGCAUCACAGACCUAGUAUAUCAUGCUGAUUGGAGCAUGACAAAUUGCAAAACACGAUUGGAAAAUGCUUCUCAUGGGGCUCCGCAUGAGAAACAAUUUCAGCACUCAGAUUUGCAAUACAACCGUGGCGUGGGGACGUUUUUACAUAGGAUAACCGCAUCACCAUCAUCCGCAGUGCUGGGGUAGUACUACUGCUGGCGCACAUCCUCCAACCGGAGUGGUCACUCAACAUCCGCCGAGCACGUCUCCGCUGUCUUCCCCCGGAGCCGCGGCGUAUUGGACCAAUCCCGGCGGUGAUACCACCGCGGAUCAACACGGCUACACCGAUUUCAACUACGACUUCCCGGGGAAUCUGACCUACAGUUACAACGCUUGUUCGACGACCCAAGGAGCUGGAUCUUUCCACCCGUCGCCCUGUCCGUCGCCCAUUACGAAUGUGUCGGCCGCGGCAAGUAUGGAAGCGUCAGGUUUGAAAUCGUCAAAGUUGAAACAAAUUGCAAUGCAGAAAAUGCAUGACGCGAGGUGCGUGUGUUGCAGAGCAGGCAAGUGAGGCCGAUUGUAAGCCUGUUUGGGGUUAGAGCUCGAGCUGCUAAAGUAGCAUGAGAAAAUCCCUCUUCUUUGCCUAAACAGCAUGACAAACUGGAUUUAAGGACCACCGAAAUUUGUCAUGCGCCACUUAGAAACUGGGUUCCAACGAACUGGCAUCCAUUUCAUGCAUGACAAAUCAUUUCAACUUUGUCAAUUUCAAUCCUGACAGUUCCAUAGCAAGCGGACUGCACCAACAAGAGCUCUACUACAACAUGUCGCCGCAAACUGCGUUGAGCAUCAGCAACCGGUCGAACAUUUCCGCUUCUAAAAUUUUGGAACAACACCAGCAGCACACGACGGCGCUGCAGCAGCGAAGUUCAACAUCGGGUAGUAACAAAAACCUCGCGCUGCAGAAACUGAGCCACAGUUGUCAGCAUGCCAGCGGGGGCAAUAUUAUCGCAGGAUCUUCGUCCACAAGUUGUUCCAAUCCGCAAGGAAAAAUAAAUGGCGCCGGGUCCUCGAAUCACAACAUCAACAGCAUUAACAUGAACAGCAAACAGCCCAACUUCCUGAAGGGGUUGCAGCGGUACCAGCAAAUUUUGAACCCGGGCCCGGGAUCCUUCUCGCAAUUGCACGAGGUGAUCCAGGAACAAAUUUCCGUUUACCAGAAGAAAAACAAAAUGCAAUCGCACCGGAAGUUGGACACGAAUGGGAUUUUGCACGUGACUAGUUUUCUCAUUAACAAAUACUUCCACAAAAUCAACCCGGACAUCUCGAAGGAACAGUGCUGGGAGAUGCUGUGGCAGAUCGUGGACUACCAGGAGCGGCACAACAUCCCGUCAAACAGCCGGAUCUGGUGCAUGAUGUGUUCCGCAUUCGAGCGGUACCGCCCCAACAAUCUGCCAUUUCAGCAGUCGGUCCUGGAGCACUACUACCCGGUGUUUUUGCGGCAGUUCUACACGUUCACCAGUCCGCAGACGGGGUACUACAUAUGCACUGCAAAAGUAUCGCGCUCGUACUAAUUGCAGUGAUGCAUAUACAAAUCUCUUUUUCAAAGCAAAUCAGCAUUACAAAUUCAACUUGUAAUGCUGGGGAAAUUUGUAAUGCAAUUUAUACUAGUAGUGCGAUACUUAUACUUUGCAUUGCAUACUACAACGCGCACAGCGACGCGGCGCUGAUGUAUCGAGGGAAAAGUUGAUGUUGGGGAUGCUGGACAAGUCAAAUGGAUUGUGAUUCGCUUAUUUAGAAGUAGUACAAGAAUAAGAACGGGUGGUGCGUCCAUGGCGGCCUAAAGAGAGGAUUAAUAUGCAUUUGGUCGUACAGGCUUACAAGUGGUGCCAUCCCUUCAAGCAAGAAGCGGUGAAUGCAAAUCUUGUAUACUUAAUUCUGUCACGUUCUAGCCUCAAGGUCAAGAUUUUCCCAACAUACCGCCCGCCUGAUGUGCUUUUGCGGAUACGUGAGCGAUGCGCAUGAAUUGCUGGCCAACAGAAGAUUUGCUUACAAGAUCGGUAUAGCGUAUUUAAGUAAUUUUUUAUUAGCAUUCGUUUUCGUUCCGAAAGCUCUUUCCUCCAACUUGUUCACAGGGUUUUGAUAUGCAUGGGCUGUGCAUCAUGUACAAUACCUAGAAAAAAACAAUUAUUCGCAAACCAGAAAAUAAAUCCACACCCAAAACUACCGACUCCAGGUUCCACGAACUUCCAGUUCCGGUUUCUGCUUUUCCAGGCCCUUCUGGAUUUCGCGAAAGUGCACUACAAAACGCAUUUAACGAACUACAGCCGGUCGGGACAGGAUGCUUACCAAUUGGAACAGAAGUGCCAGAAGAUCGAGCUCGACGUGCGGAAAUGGAUCGAGGAGGACGGAAUUGACAACGUGGACGACAUCUCGAUUGGCAAGACCAUCGAACGUAUGAAAUGCAAAAGCAUCUCACUAGUAUAAAAUAAAUCGCAUGACAAAUUUCCACAGCAUGAGAAAUAAAAUUUGUAAUGCGGAUUUAACUUCAGAGAGAAAUUUGUAAUGCAUGGCUGCGAUUACUACGAGUACGAUACUUUUGCACAGGAUAGAACGCGACCCGAAAAAACAGAUUCACUACUGCGGCGUCAGGGCUGAGGUAAAAGGAGUUUGUAAUGCACGUUGACAAGCAUGCGCAUGCUCAUGCAGUAGCGAUUUAUUUCGGGGUUGCAUCAAUGCAUGACAAAUCAUGAAGAUGUGUAUUUUUUUUGACCUCGUCAAACAACCUUCAGAACGCCACGCACUCGCGGCAGCGUUCCUCGUGGCAGCAGCAACAGGACCAGCAGCAUCAGCGUGCGGGCAACCACGGCAGAACGUCUUCCAGCACCAGCAACAAUACGUCUUGCGCAAGCAGCGAAAAAUCUUUUUCUAACAGCAGCGACGAGAAAAGUUCCGAUGCCUCCACCGGACCGGGGAAGGUGCGACAGAACACGUCGUGCCCUGAUGUUGGAACGGUGGCGGGGGUAUGGAUUGCAAAAAUGUCUGGGUCUGGAAACAUGUAAAUUUCUCAUGCGUAUUUGAGACCAGAAAAAAAUCUGUCAUCCAUGGACCGCAAAAGUUGCUCAUUUCUUGCUACCAAAAGAGGGAACUUUGUCAUGCGGAUUACUUAGGCAUCGCCUAACGUAACCUACUCAAAACCUGUGUUGCUAGGACUUGCAUGCUAGACCUUCUGUGUCAUGCACAAACAGCAUCACACUCUUCCAGACCCAGACAUAUUUGCAUUUCAUUGGGGGAGGAAGGGGGUGCUGCGUCUUCUUCCGCUGCAGCGUCGUCUUUGUCGCCGGGGAAAUGAAACUAUUCUUGAAUGGUGCUACUUCUACUGAUUAGGGUUACAGUGAAAAAAAUGUAGAUGAAAUGAAAAAAUAUUGAUUAUGCUGGUCGCAACAUUACCACUAUCACGACGAGGGUGAAAUAAUGUUUACGCAUCAUUUCUUCGUGCUAAAAAGCACCAUAGUUCUUUCAUCUUUUCUUCGGGUGACCAAGCAGAUUGACUAUUCGUUCUUCAUGACCUCCUCGUCUAAGCAAUAAUGCCUGUCUGUAUGGAAAACGAAAAACUUCAAAAACAUUAUAUAUUGGUAGUGCAAGAUCAAGGCAAUUCGUUCUUCUUCAGUACUAUCGUACAAGAUUUAUUUGUAUCUCCUAUGUGACUCAGUUGUCCUAUGAGUUCUUCCUAGCUACUAGCUCAAAGUGACGUCUACUUUGGUCGUUCACAUUGUACUCACACUGACUGAACGUAAAAAUUCAAAAUUGAUAGCUUCAAAGCUUCUGUUGUAACAUAAAAUAUAUUCUAGUUCUCGUUUAGCAUUAAAUCUGUACGCACUUGGGCAGCUGAAGAUAACUCUUUUUACAAAAUUCCAAGAAUCAUAAACUUCUUAAACAUUAACAUCAAUCUCUCUACUGCUAUAGUCUGGACUAGAGCACGAUCAAAUCAGCUUUUUUUGUACAUCAUUGACGUUCAGAAAUUGUUACUUUUCACAGACACACUACCUAGCAAUUUUUUACUAAUGGCAGUCUGCUUAAAACUUGUACCACAGAAAGAAACACGUUGGCAGCUUUUUGGUUCGAAAUUGAACAGGAAAUUGAGUACUACGUAGCGGUUAUUUUUAGAUACAGUAAAAGUUUUAUUUUCUUGACAAAAUCCCUGUUCAUAGCAUGUUCACCAUGACGUAGUCUUUUGGAUAGAAGAUUCAAAUUUUGUGCAAACAGAAAAACUCACUAACUUCGAAAACUCUGCAAAAUUCAAAACAAUUAUACAGCCUCUUCGUCCACCUCCCAGGCAAUCACUGUUAAGUGUUUCUAGUUUUUUACAACCUAGUUGCUUGGUGCAUCGCGUUUUGGAUGAAAUUUGUGGCACCUCAUCAUGACGAGAUUUUUUUAGAUUGCAGAAAAAAUGACUGUGUGCACAGUGAGUACUAGCAGAAAAGCAGAAUACGUCUCUUCCGUCGAAUCACUGAAUUUUCAUAUUCAUCAUGUACUUGUACUACAUUAAUCUACAUUUUCAUCAGGCACGAAGGAGGUGAAUAAGAGAAAGAUCCCCGUACUAGACAGCGGUGGCGAGUCAAACUCUAUGGCUAAGACAGUAAGAUGAAUGAGCGCAACCCGUUCGGUAUCGUGUCUGCAGAUUCUACCAAGCGGGUAUGGGCACUGACCUUCCGUAUAAUCAACAAGGAAAAUGAAAAUAUGAGAAGUGUAGUAGAGGCUGCAGCGGGGCGACAGUUAGAUGCCAGGUGGUUCUUGUCGCCUCGGUGUCUGUUGUCGCUCUGUUUCUCAAAAUUACCAGCGUAGCUGCACACUACGAAUAUGCAAAGUUCCACACUAAUUUUAUGAUAUUCGACGCAUGAAGAACAAGAAGAAGAAGAGUUCAAAAAUUUUGCUCCAAGAAGGUGAAAGCGAUGCUUUCUACCUAAGUCAUGAUCUUCACCUCUGCUAAAACUAAAACUCGAACAAAUCUAUCUUUCAACAAAACUGUUGACUGAGUUGCACGUUUACACAAUAAGAAGAAGUUUGUCUGACAAACGUAGAACAGCAAAAUCUAUCCAGGAUUUCUCUCUCAUGGAAAACAACAUGUUUCUUUUGUAUUAACGAGUUUAUUUCAAUUUCAGUACAGUAUCUAUUGCUAUCG